CCAUCUCUAAUCUUGCAUAAUUUUAAAAACAUAUUUUUACAAGUAUUAAAACUGCUAUGAAACGGAGCUACCGGGCGUUGAUACGCCAGGUGCGACUGGCCUCAACCACUGCCUCCAAAGGAGCAACCUCCAAUCCUUCAUCAGUUUCCUCCAGUGAGGCAAGUGGAAUAAAACCGGAGCCGGCAGCACGUGCAACAUUUCUGGAGAGAAUUCAACGGGGACCCGGCUUCCAAGAUUUCUUUGCAGUCAAACCUGCUUCCAGGCUAAAAAUAAAUGAAGAGGAGCACGUGGACACCAGUGUGCCGUACCUAAGCUCUAUUGAUUUCAAUGGUAAUGGCAGAAAGGUGCACUUUGAGGUCUACGGAUGUCAGAUGAACACCAACGACACAGAAGUCGUUUGGAGUAUACUUCAGCAAAAUGGCUAUUUGAGAUGUCAGCAGCCGGAGGAAGCCGAUGUUAUUAUGCUGAUAACCUGUGCAAUUCGUGAUGGAGCAGAAACGAGGAUCUGGAACAGAUUGAAACACCUGCGGGCCAUGAAAAACAAGCGCAGCUCAAGGAGGCAUCCUCUCCAGCUAACUCUGCUCGGUUGCAUGGCGGAACGGCUGAAGGAGAAGCUGCUGGAUCAGGAGCAAUGUGUGGAUGUGAUUGCCGGACCGGAUAGCUACAAGGAUCUGCCCCGACUGCUGGCCAUAUCGCGGCAUUAUGGCAACUCGGCCAUCAAUGUGCUCCUCUCGCUGGACGAAACCUAUGCGGAUGUUAUGCCCGUGCGGUUGAACUCGGAAUCGCCAACAGCAUUUGUGUCCAUUAUGCGAGGGUGUGACAAUAUGUGCACCUACUGCAUAGUACCCUUCACCCGCGGACGCGAGCGUUCUCGACCUCUGGAUUCGAUUGUUGCUGAGGUUAAAGCUUUGGAGGAGCAGGGCGUAAAGGAGGUCACCCUGUUGGGCCAGAAUGUCAACUCUUACAGAGAUAAAAGUGCUCAGGAGGCACAGGAAUCCCUGAAAGCUUCCACCGUUCCUGGUUUUAAAACUGUUUACAAGCCCAAAACUGGUGGGACUUCCUUUGCCGAGUUACUACGAGCUGUAGCUCAAGCUGUUCCCGAAAUGCGCAUCCGUUUUACCUCCCCGCAUCCCAAGGAUUUCUCCGACGAAGUGUUGAGAGUUAUAAGAGAUCACCCGAAUGUGUGCAAGCAACUCCACUUACCAGCACAAUCAGGAAACACCCAGGUUCUUGAGAGGAUGCGGCGAGGUUACAGCAGAGAGGCUUAUCUGGAACUUGUCCAGCACAUCAGGCAGUUUCUGCCCAACGUGGGACUAUCCAGCGAUUUCAUCUGUGGUUUUUGCGGCGAAACGGAGGAGGAGUUCCAGGAUACAGUGUCCCUCAUCCAACAAGUGCAGUACAACGUGGCUUACUUAUUUGCCUACAGCAUGCGAGAAAAGACCGCUGCCCAUCGACGCUACAAGGAUGACGUGCCCCUUAAUGUGAAGAACGAGCGACUGGUGCGCAUGGUACAGGCUUUCCGAGAAGGAGCCACUCAGCUGCACCGUAAAAUGGAGGGACAGAAGCAGCUCAUCCUCAUCGAGGGCAAAAGCAAGAGGUCAGAUGAACACUGGUUCGGCCGCAAUGAUGCCAACAUCAAAGUGAUUGUUCCUGCGACAGAAUUGCCCUCCGGGAACGAUCAAGGAUCACGAAGUUGCUUUGGAGUAGGUGAUUUUGUAACUGUUCGCAUUGAUGAAUCCAAUUCCCAGGUGCUAAAGGGCACUCCCCUCGAGUUGAGCAGCAUAACCGACUUUCACAAUAGACAGAUUUUACAAUAAAACGAACUUUAAUCGUA